AGCCAACUUUGCGCGGCUCUGUCACCACAAACUGUCCAUUUGCCAGCGGACGUUCAAAGGGGAAACAACGAGCCACGCACUCGCCUUGCUAAAAAUAAAACAAAAUUUUAGAAAAGAGGUGUUCCUCCCUUGACCAAAAAUAUUAAAUAAUAAUGACACAUCUGACCAAAAAUUUUGCACGUCCUGAAAAGGCGGAGGAAGUGGUCAGCUUCGGCAGUCUGGAUCCAUCGGUUCAAGAAGUUUUAACAGCUGCCUUUCAAGUGCGUCAACGGGCCUAUGUGCCAUAUAGUGGGUUUAAAGUGGGGGCUGCUUUUAAGGCCAAGACCACUGGACAGAUUUUCACUGGCUGCAAUGUGGAGAACGCAGCCUUUACGCCGUGUUCUUGUGCAGAGCGAACGGCCCUUACUAAAGCCGUAAGCGAGGGAGAAACUCAAUUUUCAAUCGGAGCUGUAUUGGCUUACGAGCCUGAUGUUUUCACUACUCCUUGUGGCGUCUGUCGACAAUUUAUCCGGGAGUUUGCCAACGAAGAUAUACCCAUUUAUGUGGCCCAGGCUAUUGAUGCGAGGAUUGCUGCAAAGGAAGAACCUUUGCAGAGUGACGAUCCCAUUCUGUGCACCUCGAUCUUCAAUUUGUUGCCUAGCAGUUUUCACACAUAUCGGAAAUAACGCUGUUGGAAAGGAGAGAAAGCAAGAGCGGUGGCUAGUUCAAGGUUGCCCCACAACACGUCACUGCCCCUGGAAAUAGUCUAAUCUAUAUAAUUUUAAUCUAAUCACCUGAAAUAAAGAAAAUUACACUACUAAAGAAAGCUAAA